AAGGAGCCGAAGGGGCGGGAGCGGAGCAAAGGCAUCGCAUUGAGCCAUGGCUCCUGGCUGGCAGGAAGUCAUCGCUUGGCCGGGCGGCCGCUGAACCCGAGCCUGCUUUUGCCUCUCAAGGUCGGAGGAGAAAAAGAAGCAGAAGACCCCGGCUAAGCUAAGCGCCAUCGCCCCGAUUGCAGCUCAUGGUGUUGAAUUUAAAUUGCAUGUCAUGGAUGACACUGCUUUAUCGCUUGGAGCAAUAGAUGUUUCUUAUUCAUCGUCUUCAUCAGAGUGCACUGUCUCAAGAUGCAAGCACUCCAGUGAAGAAUGGGGAGAAUGCAAUUCUAGACCUACUGUCUUCAGAUCAGCCACUUUAAAAUGGAAAGAGACCCUACUGGGCAGAAAUCGACCAUUUGUGGGACGUUGUUGCUAUACUUGCACUCCCCAAAGCUGGGACAAACUGUUUAAUCCUAGCAUUCCUUCUUUGGGCCUUCGAAAUGUCAUAUAUAUUAAUGAAACACAUACACGGCACAGAGGUUGGCUUGCCAGGCGACUUUGUUAUGUCCUUUUUGUGCAAGAAAGAGAUGUUCAUAAGGGAAUGUUUGCAAGUAAUGUGACUGAAAACAUUCUGAACAGCAGCAGAGUGCAGAAUGCUAUUAUGGAGGAAGCUUCAGAAAUGUCAUCUGUGGGUGGCACUGGUCAGGUGGACCCUAGAAACAUCAGCAAAGUCAAGAAGAAAGCUAGAAAGAUUCUUCAGGAAAUGGUAGCAAAUGUCUCUCCUGCUCUGAUCAGGUUAACAGGAUGGGUGUUAUUGAAAUUAUUUAACAGCUUUUUUUACAAUAUCCAGAUUCAUAAAGGCCAACUGGAGAUGGUGAAAGCAGCAACAGAGCAAAAUUUGCCUCUUAUCUUCCUACCAGUUCACAAAUCUCAUAUAGAUUACCUCCUUCUCACCUUCAUCCUUUUCUGCCAUAACAUCAAAGCGCCCUACAUUGCUGCAGGGAAUAACCUGAGUAUCCCUAUUUUCAGCACAUUGAUUCGCAAACUUGGAGGAUUUUUUAUUCGGAGAAGGCUGGAUGAAAGGCCUGAUGGACGUAAAGACAAUCUGUACAGAGCCUUGCUGUAUGUGCAUGUUCAAGAAUUGCUCCGACAGCAACAGUUCUUAGAGAUAUUCCUGGAGGGCACACGGUCUCGGAGCGGGAAGACAUCCUGCGCAAGGGCAGGCCUUUUAUCGGUGGUGGUGGAUGCUCUCUGUGUAAAUGCUACACCUGACAUAUUAAUAAUACCCGUGGGAAUAUCCUAUGAUAGAAUCAUUGAAGGUCACUACAAUAGCGAACAGCUGGGAAAGCCCAAGAAAGACGAAAGCUUGUGGAGUAUAGCCAGAGGAGUCUUCCGAAUGCUACGGAAGAAUUAUGGAUGUGUUAGAGUUGAUUUUGCACAACCAUUUUCUUUAAAAGAAUAUUUAGACGGCCAAAGCCAGAAACCCAUGCCUGUCCCUCCUCCUUUGGAGCAAACACUCUUACCAGCUAUUCUACCUUCGAAGCCUAAUUUUGUAGUACAAGAAAGUAGAGAAGUUGCACUUCCUGAUUCUCGGGAUACAUCCUGUGAACCAUUGAGAAGACAUUUGAUAUCUAAUUUGGCACAGCACAUAAUGUACACUGCUAACAAGUCAUGUGCUGUGAUGUCAACACACAUUGUUGCGUGUUUGCUGCUCUACCGACACAGGCAGGGAACUGAUCUUUCCAAGCUGGUAGAAGAUUUUUUCUCAAUGAAGGAAGAAGUCUUGGCUCGCGACUAUGACCUGGGGUUUUCAGGAAAUUCUGAAGAUGUUGUCAUGCAUGCCAUCCAUUUGUUGGGAAACUGUGUAACUAUCACAAACACCAGUCGGAAUAAUGAUUUCUUCAUCACUCCUAGCACGUCUGUCCCUAUUGUCUUUGAACUCAAUUUCUACAGCAAUGGGGUACUACAUGUCUUCUUCAAAGAGGCAAUAAUUGCCUGCAGUCUCCAUGCCAUCCAGAGUAAAAGGCAUAAGAAUGGCAUCAAUGGAAUCCCAGCCAACACAAUUAGUCAAGAGCAACUAGUCCGUAAAGCUGCCAGCCUGUGUUAUUUACUUUCUAAUGAAGGCAACUUUUCAUUGCCCUGCCAGCUGUUAUGUCAGGUGUGUCAUGAGGCAAUCGAACAGUUCAUACAAUAUGGAAUUCUGUUGAUAGCAGAGCAGGAUGAACAGGAGGAUAUUAAUCCUAACCUUACAGAACAGCACUGGGAGAAGAAGAUCCCAGGUCCAUUGUCUUGGCGGAGUGAUGAGGAAGAUGAAGACAGUGACUUUGGUGAAGAACAGCGGGAUUGCUAUUUGAAGGUCAGCCAGUCACAGGAGCACCAGCAAUACAUCACCUUCCUUCAGAAGCUGCUCGGACCCUUACUGGAAGCAUACAGUGCUGCCGCCAUAUUUAUCCAUAAUUUCAGUGGUCCUGUCAGUGAAUCUGAGUACCUUCAAAAAUUACACAAAUAUUUAAUAAUGAGAACAGAGAAGAAUGUUGCUGUAUAUGCUGAGAGUGCCACCUACUGCCUUGCAAAAAAUGCAGUGAAAGUAUUCAAAGACAUAGGUGUGUUUAAGGAGACGAAAGAGAAGAGAGAGAGUGUGUUGGAACUAAGCAGCACUUUUCUACCUCAUGGCAACAGGCAAAAACUACUAGAAUAUAUCCUGGGUUUUGUUAUACUGUAGAACAGACUUCUCAUCAUCUGCCACCACGAACUCGGGAGACUUUGGAGAAUGUGACAGAGAGCUUCAGGGCUUUUUUGGCUGCUUCCUUAGUGUUUAUAGUGCCAUUUUGAUAAGGCCUUAUCUGACCCAAACCACUGGAAGACAAGUGCCUUCUUAAAUAUGCAUGUCUGGACCUUUACGAUUCCGUAACCAGUUAAACACUUACAACAUACUGGAUGCAAGCUACUAAGCCAUGUUUGUGCAAAGCAAAACACAAAAAAUGCCCUACUUUUCACAUGAAUCACGUGUUACAUAUUUGCACUGCAAAGUGUUAUGUUUAUUUCAAGACUAUUGACUGUGAGAAAGGCACAAAUACCAUUACCAUUAAUCUGGAGUUCUGAGUAAGAUAAAAUAAUUCAGUCUCAUAUGCAAACUUUCCAAAAGCCUUGUCAGCAAGAGCAACUCAUUCUUGCGGAUUAAUGUGUUUAGGAGAAUUGAUUGUAAUGGAUGGAAGGGGCAUUUAAUAAUUUUCCCCCAUAGAUUAUUGUGGGGACAUGCUAAAUAGAAAUAAUAGAGCAACAGCCAGGUUCUCAUGAGGGAUCCGUUGAACAACUCCCAGUGACUCACACCUACGUAUUGUGUUUGUAGUGGCAGAAUAAAUUCAUUAAGAUCUAUUGGGUUUUAUCCCCAGUAGGAAUGGAGAAUAAAUACAGUCAUUAUUUUAUUUAAAAUUUGGACCUUUGGUUUUUUGCAUCCAAAACACUAAGAUACUUUUCUUGAUUUUUCUUUGAACCGGAAGGAUAAUAUUGGUUUGCUCCUUUCCAGUAUUAUGAAUAUAGUAUAAGCACUAUAAACUUUAGAGAUAAUGUUGAAAUAUUGCGUAGGUGAAUCUAAUCUUGAUUCCUUUUGGAUGGAAAAUGUUAGGACUAGAAUUGUGCCAGUAAAAUGGCUUAAGCAAAUGUGUAACUCUGGCUUAGGUGUCUAUGCUUAAUGAUAAGGUUUGAGGAUAAUACUGCAAAUAUUCAUUCUUAAAAGAUAAUAACUCCCAGAGUGAAAUAAACACAAUAUCAACAUUAUUUGAGGCAAGAAAUACGUGAUUUGUUCUUGAGAUAACUUCUCACCUUAUUGAAUGAAGAACAUGGACAUGAAUCACAUUGUCUUCUGAUUGAGUUUGGGAAAUUGUUUGGUCGUGAAAAUCUACUUGAGCUAUCAUUUAUUUCGGGUGGGAAUUGAAUGGUGACGGCAUUGCACAUUCACUACCACACGGAUCUUCUGUGCAGUUUGUUUGUUUACUCCACAACUGUGUGUGCACUCUACGUUUGUGAAAGUCUUGCCUUUUACAACUAUAUUUGUGGGUUAAAGCAAUUAACAAAUUGCAAUAUUUUGUCAGUAUUCCCACAUCAGUGCCUGAGAUGAGCUGCUGUGCAUGUUUUCCAUCACGAAAUAGGUGCUUUAAAACAUUUUACAUUGAAUUUCUGAACCAAAGUGACAUCAUAUCCUGACAGCACCAGACAGCAAAAACAGAAUCAAUUUGCUUGAUCUUUUAUUGUUUCCAGCAAAAUAGCAUCCAAAAUGAACUCCAUUUGUUCUAAUAAAGCCUAGUAGCUACUUAAAGCAAUUACAUCUCAUCCUUGCGAAUGUGCACUAUUUGUUAAACUGAAUGUAUUCUCUGAAUAGCAAUUUCUAAAUAUUACGGAUGGCUUCUAUUUAAGAUCAGAUAAAUAGGUGCUUGUAAAUAAGUGACUUCUUUUUUGUUUGACCACACUUCGGUAGAUGUUCAGUGUAUGCUAGAAUUAAGUUUGUGUAAUUAUUUUCCCUAAAAAAGAAACAAGCAAUAUAUUGCCGGUAAUGCUUGACUAACUUUAAUGAAAAUGUUCUACUUUAAAAGAAAAAAAAAUGCGUAGGAGUAACUUUGGUCUCUAGGAAGCUAGUUGUUACUAAUGAGAAUAAUGUAUUACCGUAUUAAAAUAUUCUUGGUGUGUUGCAGUGUGUAUCUGAGUUGAUGAUACAAUGCAGUGUAUCCUAACUGCUGAAUGUGAAGGGAUGCUUUUAGUGUGGACGUCAUACAUGGCAGAGAGACAUUGCAUGUGCUGAAAUGUCAAGCUGUGAAUGUUGUGCAGGUAUAGGGAAGGGUAUGUUUUACGCGGCAUGGAUAUGGCUCUACACAUAGUUGCACAUGUGCUGGUUUGGCUUUUCCAUGGAAAUGAAGCACAGAGUUCUUUACUACUAAAGCAACUAAAUAUAAUUCUGCCUUUCCUUGGUUUAUUUUUAAGACCCAAUCUUGCUAAUGUAAGAUUUUACUUUUUCACUUUUACAUGCUUUGUCUCUUUAUCGUUCUCUUUAUAAUAUUAAACUUAAAUAUCUAAAAUUGAUUUAAUUGUACAUAUAGAAGUACAGCUCUACACGUUAAUAUAAAGAGCAACAUUCCACUUACAUGUCUCAAUUCUGUUGGAUGACUAACGUGUCUAAAUUUUAUCCUCUUAGGAAUGGAUUAAAAGAGAACCCUGUGGAUGAUUUCCUAAGGACUUGCACCUGUCCUUUUAUAGUGACAUCUCUAUUUGCCUACUUUAUAUUUAGGCGUCACAUCAUGCUUUUUAAUGAAUUGGCCUGCCUGUACCUUUGAAAAAGAAGCAUGCGAUUUGCAACAGUGAUGAAGGGCUGGGAGAAAAUUGCAAAAUUCUGUAGCUGUUCUAUAUAUUUCUACUUACAAAACAGGCAUGGUCUUGAAAAAUGUUAAUAUACAGCUUUUCCCAUUUUAACAUCUGAUAUAUCUCUUGUAAGAAGCACAACGCAGGACAAUAAUUUUAUUUUAAUAAACAACUUGGAAUUUC